AUGGCCUGUCUGAAGUCCUCUGACCCGGAAGUCGUGAGCUUUGCUAGAACCAUCAUGGAGCAGAAUCUCAAACUCGGAAUCAAGAAACUCGAAAGUCUGAACUGGGCUCCGAUCACGCGCGCGAUGCGGAACAAAACAGGGUAUCGCAAUAUGACCUACCGCGAUCCCGAUCCUUCGCAGGGCGACAUUCCGCAGGUGCCUGUGUUUUGCAGGCAGUGCGGAUUCACAACACUGGACACCACGCCUGUCUUCCACAUCUACACUGGCGCAUAUGUCGUCCGGAAAGGAAGUUGUUACACAUGUGAGCUGAAUCCAGGCGACGUUAGGCAUGGUCGCAAGCGUGCACGGCGGAUCCUCUACCCAGUGAACCCGAUUGCAUACAUCCCGUGGUACCGACUCCAGAGGCCGUGGCAGCCCAGUUACGCCAGUCCCAGACUCAAUGCGCUGGACGAGUUGCCGCCGGGACUGCAACUGGACAAGAUCCGGCCGAGGGAUCAGGGGGUGUGA